AUGUUACAAGCAAGAGAUGAGGUCGAGCAUGAAAUACUGUGGCAAUUAAAAAGGCGUUCAACAAAUGUGUGGCACGAAAAUUGGACUGGAAUUGGACCUCUAUAUCAUCAAGUGCCACCACAAUUCGACAUCAAUGAAGAAUUACAAGAAGUGUCAGACAUACGAACAGAAAAUGGUUGGGAUGAUCAUCUGCUAGAUCAAACAUUCCCAGCAGAUAUAGCCGACCACAUCAGACAAGAGGUAAGUUACAGUUGGGAGUGCAUGGCACAACUUGAGCAUAGAGAACAGGCAAAUCCUGAACAAAAAUCAAUAUGGACAAAAGGAUUACCCUUCAAAAUCUCUUUUUUCCUAUGGAGAUUAUGGAGACGCAAGGUGCCAACAGAUGACUUAUGGAGGAGAAAUGGAUAUCAAGUUGUGUCAAAAAGUUGGUGUUUCUUUCCACCUAAGGAAGAAACUAUCAACCACAUUAUCCUCACAAGUACAACUGCCUCUACAGUGUGGAAGGUAUUCAUGCAGGCUGCUGGAAUAAGUGUAAACUUGAUACAGCUUCAUCAAGUGACUAGAGCAUGGUGGAAUGCUAACUGUUGUCCAAAGCUAAAACCACUUUUCCAAGCAGCACCAGAAAUUAUCACUUGGGAACUUUGGAAAACAAGGAACUCAAUAAAACAUGGAGGUAAAAAUGCGUCUACUAACAGAGUGGUGCAUGAGGUUAAUAACACACUGCAUUAUCUUGCUAAAGUUAGGUACAAUUGGAUGUCCAAUAUCCCUUUUCUUUGGCCAGAUAAGAUUAAGUUUUUUGAAACUUAUAAACCUGUAGUUAUUACAAAAAGGGUGAUGUGGCAGCUUCCACAUGUGAGAUGGUUUAAAUGCAAUACCGAUGGGGCAUCUCGAGGAAAUCCAGGACCAAGUUCAUACGGUUUUUGUGUGAGGGAUUCUGCGGGAGAUGUGGUCUAUGCAAAAGCUGAGCAGAUAGGGAUCGCAACAAACAUGGUAGAUGAGGCUAAGGCAGUACUUGAUGGCCUGUCGUACUGUUUCAGAAAUCAAUUGCAUCCACUCAUUGUUGAAACUGACUCACUAAUUUUGAAAAAGACCAUUGAUGAACUGGAGUAUUUGCAAAGAACUGAGGAAGAUUAA